AUGUCUUCUUCCCCAGUAGCCAUUGUGACUGGAGGUGGCAGCGGGAUAGGCUUCGCCAUCGCCGAGCAUCUGAUUCAAUUCUACGGGUACAAAGUGGCAAUUUUUGACAUGGAUGAACACCGCAUCAAAGAAUCGGGUAUACAGCUUGGAGACCACUGUCUCGCUGUACACGUCGAUGUUACAGAUUAUGAUCAACAAGCGAAAGCUUUUCUGAAAACGUGGGAGUGGGGUGGAUGUAGACUUGAUUCUGUUUACUUGAAUGCUGGAAUUGGAGAUACAGACUCGCUCUAUAAAGAUUUUGCUAUCGAUGAGCAGACGGGUUUACCUCGACCUUUGGACUUGAGAACAAUGGAUGUCAAUCUCAACGCGGUUAUUCAAGGCAUUCAUCUCGCUCGACAUUUCUUCUCGGAGAAGAAUACUGCCAGAGGAGGUCAGAUCGUCGUCACGGCGAGUAUGUUCGGUCUCUACCCGACGCACGCGGUGCCGCUAUACUCGACAUCGAAACACGCCGUGGUAGGUCUCGUCCGUUCGCUCGCUCCCGUCUACGCCAAGGAUUCCAUCUCCAUCAACGCCCUCUGUCCUGCUUUGGUCGACACCCACAUCAUUCGAGAAGAUAUUAUGCGUCAGUGGGAUCCGAAGCAACUCACGCCAUUGAGCACGAUUUUAAAAGGUAUCGAUACUAUUCUUGGAGAUAAGCAAUUGACCGGGAAAACUUUGGAAUUGUCUCUGGGGGAUGUGAAUGUCACCUCGCAGCCGGCAUUUACACAUCCGAAUCAGAAGUUUUUGUGUGAUCAGGAUGUGCUUUGGGAGUUGGUGGCGGAGCCGCUGUUACCACGCAAGCCGGGGGAGAAUAUAUAGGGUAGAGAAGAUGUUUGUUAGAAAUUGGUUGCUCAUUUCGUUUCUUUUUUCUUCUUCUUCUUUUAUUCGAUAUCGAAAGUCUUCCAUUCAGCGCGCUAUGCUUGUAUCCUGCAAGAUCUCGGCCUCGAUCGAGAUUGUUAGCGGAAGGAUUGAUAUUUCCGUCAUAUAUCCAAUAUAUCUCUAGUCUUGC